AUGCCUCACAAACACAAGCGCAAGGCCAGAGAAGAUGACGAUUUCGACCUCCCCCCGACCGCGCGUGCAAAGCCGCUAUCCGUUCGAGAAUCCGGGACCUUGAGCGACAGCUUCGCUUCCAAGACAAAGCAACGCAAGGACAAGAAGAAGGCUAAGCGGAUAGAGGGAUAUGGCGCAGACGACACACCCAAGGCCUUCGCGCGCCUUAUGCAGUUUUCACAAACCCGUAAGGGCGUCAAGGGGCUCGAUGACGGCAACGAGCCUCGCGGCAAGAAGCGCAAGGCCAACGGUGACAGCAAGGGUAGCCAAAAACCGGAACCCGCAAAACCCACACCGGAGGUGCCCAAGAUCCAACCGGGCGAGCGCAUGUCCGAUUUUGCAGCGCGUGUGGACCAGUCACUACCCGUCGCGGGCCUAGCCCGCAAGGGCAAAAAGAUCGAAGGGUUCAAGGAACGGCAGACAAAGACGGAGAAGAGAAUCCAAAAGAUGAUUAGCCAAUGGCACGAAGAAGAGGAGAAGAUCAAGGAGCGGGAGCAAGAGGAGCGAGACCUGGCUGAGAUCGAGGAGGACGAGCAGGAAGCCAUGUGGGAAGACAAGUUGGCCCCGAUACCAACGGAAGGAGGCGGGAAGAAGAAGGGCAAGCGAAAGGGCGGUGUUGAGGAUGACCCGUGGGCUGUGCUCAAGCAGAAGAGAGAGGAGCCGAAGGGCUUGAACGAUGUCGCACAGGCUCCGCCGACUUUCAAAGCAAUACCGAAGGAAAAGUUCAAGGUCAAGAACGGCGCGAGGGUCCAGGUUGCGGAUAUCCCGAACGCGGCGGGCAGUUUGAAGAGGAGAGAGGAGUUGGGCGAGGAACGCAAGAAUAUCAUCGAGAGAUACAGGGCUAUGAUGGCGGAGAAGAAGGGCGCUUGA